AUGGCCCGUGCAAAACAGGUGGACACCGGAAAAAGGCCUGCAAAAAAGAUAAGGACUCUCGAUUCUUUCCAAAGAGUCAAUUCAAGCUCACCUAAUGAAUCUGCAGCAGCGUUAGCCGUACUUAACACAGAGGAGCACGUCAGUAGGCCUAGGCCAAGACGAAAUGCAUCCAAAAAGGCUUCAAAAUCUAUAGUUGAGUCAAUUGAUCCGACAGUGGGGUCUGGUGACGAAGAUGGUGACGAUUUUGUCCCUGAAGAAGAAGACGAACAUGAAAUUGGCGUUAUGGAAGAUGAGGAAGAGAAACAACAAGAUCUAGAAGAUCUAGCACUCGAAGGCACGGAAAAAAAUGAGUUGAUAGAACAGAAUCCUUCGCGGAAAAGUAAUGCAAACCCAGUCCCCAAAAAGCAAGGCUUGAAAAAAAGAGGCCGAAAACCGAAACCUAAACAACCCACACCGCAGAAGAAUGACAAUUUGAAGUCUCCAACGCCUACGUCAAAACUGGACAACAAACGACGCGUGGUUCGUGCUUUGAAAGACCUCACGUCUGCUAGGGACAAGAUAGAGCGUAUUUAUGGAUUGAACACUCAAAAACUUUUGGGACUUGCAAAGGUCAAGGAGGGCUUUGAAACAGGCCCUUUUGACUUCGACAUAGAAACCAUACAGCGCGAUUCCAAAUAUUUUGUUGAUUUUCCUUCUCCAUGUACUGCCGCAAGAGGUAACGCGCUGAGCUUGCCGUUAGAAAAGGGUGACUAUCGUCUUGUAGAUGAAUCUGAACUACACCAAAUUUUUCCUCUCAGCGAAGAGGAGGUUCUUUUACAAAUUUCUGACCUUGACACACACAUCACAACAGGUCAAAGUAUCGAUUUUCCAGUCUUUCCUUGCGGGAAACGCAAAGGUUUUGUCUAUUGCGUAGGCGGACUCGUAACCGACAUGGCAUGGCUCCCUCGCGAUGACUUGGACAAGCUUUAUUUGGCCGUUUCAGUGUCCAACCGAUUAGGAGAUCCAGUGCAUGAAGACUUGAGAUGCUGGGGUGAGCAAAAACAUACUUCUUGCAUCUUGGUCUUUGCAUUGGACCCGGUCUCCUUGGUCUUCGAGAAAUAUCAAACUAUCAUUCAUUCUUUUGGUGAGAUGUGGGAUCUAAAAUGGCAUUCUGGCUUUCAAGAUAAAGGCGCGUUGGGUCUUAUAGGAGCCUGCUGUCAAGAUGGCUCUGUGAAAUUCAUGAAGAUAGAUCAACCGACAGGAUAUGAGAUAAAGGUCUACGAAAAUGCUGAUUUGAGUGUAAAAAUACCUCAAACGCCCAUCUCUUGCUUUGAUUUUACUUCUGCGGAAACUAUAGUAUGCGGGUUCCAAAAUGGUCACGUCGCCGAAUUCGAGCUGGGUUCAAACGUGCCUUCUUACUACUACCAGAUUCAUGAUUCGUACGUUAUUUCCAUCGUUGUAGCGUACUCUGAAUUCGAAGACAAUGUGAUAAAUACUACAUCGGUAGAUGGAUUCAUUUGUAUCUUCAAUCCUAAAAGCAUCCAGACCACCAAAAGCUCCUUAGGGCGUGUUCGCGGAGGGAACACUACUAUUGCCACUUACUGUCCUCCUGUGUAUGGUGUUGUCCACACAGAUGGAGUAAAUUCAAUAAAGGCAUAUUCACCCAAAGCCGCUUUUGCUUCUCACCAAGUUUGCCAACAUGAAAAUACUGUCAGCACGCUCACCACCUCAAAGCUCCAUCCCUUUCUGCUUUCUGGCUCUGCCGAUGGGACCCUAAUGAUUAACAAUCUGGCCAGAAGAUUUUUAACAGGCAUCAAAAACAAUGCAGCUGUACACAAAUACUUAAAGCUGUGGGAAUGGAAUUAUAGCGCUAAGGACAAAAAAUACCAAUUAGAUCCCAACUAUGAGGUUUUUACCUUUAGUGUGAAUGAGGUUUCGAAGGCUAGAGUAAGUCCGCCCGGGGUAAACAUCGCAAGCGUGAAAUGGAACGAAACAUGCAAAGGUGGUAAAAUUUACGCCUUUGUGAACAGUGCAGGCUUGCUCGUUAUCGAAGAGCUGGGUAGCUGA